AUGUUUCGACAUGAGUACGGUCUCGCGAUGGAUCGCGAUCAAAAUGGGGCUUCUAUUGUAUCCUCCUACCAGGUAGAUGACCUGAUGGAAAAGCUAAAAUUGUUAAAUUUCGAACGACUUCUACUGAAGGAGAUGAAGAUGAAGCAAAUAAAUCGAUACUACUUUCUGAAGUCUUUCAAUCCAGGCGAACAAUUCUUUAUGUUCACAUCAAUUUGCGCCUGGUUAAUCCGGAUGAUUGGUCGAACAUUCGAACAGCCACAGGAAUUCGACGACCCGAACAUGGUUAUAUCGAGGAUUAUACGAGUUCUACAAGAAAUGGACAUACCGACAGAUUUUCAAUCCAACAAGUUGAUACAGGGAGCCGGACCGAUAUGCAUUUACAUCAUGGACUGUCUGGCGACGCAGGCUCUAAAGCUCACCAAAUUUCAUAUCAAACGUCCCGAGUGCAAAAAAGAAGAUGACCCAAUGGUAGAUCUCAUCGAGAACGAUUCCGAAAUAAUUUUGGAGAAGGUCGAAGAAGAGCAAAUGGCGGGAGCAAGCGAUGAAAGUGACGAUGAAGGUAAUGGAUUAUUCGACCUGAACUUUGUCGACCAAAAAUAUAAAAAAAUAAAUAACAAGGAGUACAAGGUGGAUUCGUUAACGGCUAGCGAAAAUUGGCGCCUGGAAUUGGAACGAGUUUUGCCGCAGUUGAAAGUGGUGGUUAAAACGGAUCCACGCGACUGGAGGGCUCAUCUCGAGCAGAUCAGAAGUUUGCGCUCGAACAUCGAAACGGCGUCUGAAGAAACCGACGGUCAGUUGAAGAAACUACAAACGGAUAUAGCGUAUGUCAUGGAGAAAAUAGAAAGUCGUGAAAAACAUUUGAACAAUGAUUUAAAAGAUUUGAUUCAUUCAUACAAGGGAAUACUAAUUGAGUACAAUCAGGUGAACAAACAGAUCAAGGAAAGUAGCGGGGAAAAAACGGAUAAAGAGCAUGACCUGUCGAAAAUUACUAACGAGUUGGAAAACAUUAAAGUACAAAUGGAGCAACGGGGAAACUCCAUGACCGACGGAAGUCCGUUAAUUAACAUUAAGAAGGCUAUCUUCAGGAUAAAAGAGGAAAUUUGCGACAUGGACAUAAAAAUCGGGGUAAUGGAACAUACCCUGAACUCGGAGAUUAUCAAACAAAGUGCGCAGUACGCUGAGCUUGAUUCAAUGAUAAUGACUGCUCAUUGA